CCUGGAAGAGUUGUGACUCUGGUUGAAGACCCUGAGGGCUGCGUAGGGGGUGUUGCUUACAGACUGCCAGCUGGACAAGAAGGUGAAGUAAAGGCAUACCUGGACUUCAGAGAAAAAGGAGGCUACAGGACCACAACUGUCAUUUUCUACCCAAAAGACUCGGCAGUAGAACCUUUUGAUGUGUUGUUAUACAUUGGAACCUGUGACAAUCCCAACUACCUUGGUCCAGCACCUUUAGAAGAAAUUGCUGAACAGAUUUUUAAUGCAGUUGGUCCCAGUGGCAGAAACACCGAAUACCUGUUUGAACUUGCUAAUUCUAUCAGAAAUCUCGUACCAGAAGAUGUAGAUGAGCAUCUCUUCUCCUUAGAGAAACUAGUAAAGGAACUCUUGGAAAAGCAUCAAAACCUAAAUUGUCUAUAA